AAAAGAGGAAGCCGGACUUCUCGUCGUGUUCUCCUCCGCAAUUUCGGACUCUUCCCGGAGAUCCGAGAGAGGAGAGCCAAAGAGAUUGUUUGAAAGAUUGAAAAGGGGGGAUUUUUGUUCAAUAAUUCGGACAUUUGGAGCUUAGAAUGGGUUCAGAUCGAAGGGCAUUGUUGGUGGUGUUCGUGUUCCUGUUUCUCGCUGGAUUUGGAUCUUCUACUACCUAUAUUUCUGAUGGUGUUUUCCAGAGUCAUGGAUCUACAGGCAGGAAUCUCCUUCAGGCGAAGAAGAAUUGCCCUGUGAACUUUGAGUUCAUGAACUACACUAUUAUAAUAAGCCAGUGCAAGGGACCAAGGUACCCAGCAAAUCUCUGCUGUGGAGCGCUCAAGGAAUUCGCAUGUCCGUAUGCUGAUGACCUAAAUGAUCUCACCAAUGACUGUUCGUCCACAAUGUUCAGUUAUAUUAAUCUGUACGGGAAGUACCCGCCAGGGUUGUUCUCGAGCGAGUGCAAAGAAGGGAAAGAAGGACUUGCAUGUCCUCCAAGCUCUGCGCCACAGGUUGAAGAUGACAAAUCAAAUGCCGAACAUAUGAGCCACCACCUUCUCACUGUUGUAUUGCUUGUGUCUGUAUUUGUAUUACAAUUCCUGCUUUCUUGAAAGCUUGUUUGAAGUACUGAGCUUUCAAGAUUAUAUGUAUUGUUUAAGAUCUGUAUGAGUAUACUACUUGUUUUAUCUCUGUUUAAGUUGAGCUGCAUGAAAAUUUGAUUAUUUGUUUA